AUGUCUCGUUCAUCUUCUCCCGGUGGUCUUGUGUUCUCAGCAUCUCUGGGUGAAUCAUCUUCCCAGAACGAAGUUAUCGAUCGAAGUAAUUCACCAUCUCCUCCACCACCUCUCGCCGUUAUUGUCCCACCUUCUUCCACAACAAAUCAUAAUGUAGAUGAAAAUGAAAUUGAUGUGAUUUCGAGUGAUGAAUCUGAGCCAAUUUAUAUGCCACAUGAAAAAGAGCCAAUUGUUAUUAGAGGUGUUGGAAAUGUCACAGUGUAAGUCUUUAAGAUAUUUUUCUGACAAUGAAAAUGUACGUUUAGAUUUGGUUUGAAUUCUCGCUUCAACACUGAAUAUCCACCAGAAUUAACCGGUUAUAUAGCACCUGAAGAGUUAUUUGCCACUUUAAAUCGUGUCAAUUCAGUUCUCAAAAGACACGUUCAAACUUCUUCUCGAUGGCUGCUUUGUGGUUUAGCAUUUUGUUGUUGUUCACUCGGUUGUUCAAUGUGGCCUGUUUUAUGUCUAAAUCGACGAACAGUUUUAGCAAUUGAGAAAACAUUGGAACAUGAAAAUGUAUCACUUUAUCAUAAAUUGGGUCUUCAUUGGAGUUUGGCGAGGCGAGGAACUGAACCAACUGAUCGAUUAACUGAAUAUUGUCUCGAAUUAAAGAUUCUACCAAAAGCCACAAUUGAUUUGCCAGAUUAA